AAAAAAUUUUCAAACAAAAACAAAACUCAGCAAAAACCUUCUGCACCCACUCAAAUCUCAAUGGUUUGGCUAAAUUAGUGGAAUAAAAACAAUUUUCAUUCAAUUACAAAGACCGCUUCCAUCACGAUCCUUUACUCAAAGACUUCCAUCGAGCAAUUAAGUUAUCUAUCAUAUAACAUCACGAUCUCAUCGAGCAAUCACAAAGACCAGCUAUGGAUAACGCAGCUUUCAGAGCUCGUGUCCUUACCAGACACCUACAAGAUGAUCGCGCCACCGCCACCGCCGUUUUUGGGUCUCCGUGCCUCAGCUACAAUCCGCCGGAAGCCUCCGUGCAGUCCUCUUCAUUCGACGUGGGUUUAAUGCGGAAGCUGAUGGAUGGCCACAACUUGGAGGACAGGGACUGGCUCUUCAAUCUAAUGGUACAGAGCAAGCUUUUCAAUCCCAAAUUGAGGGGCGGAAAAAUCUUCGUGGUCCCUGAUUACAACCAGUCGAUGGAACAGCAGAGGGAGAUCACUAUGAAGAGAAUUCAGUAUUUGCUGGAUAACGGGGUUUUCCGAGGCUGGCUCACGGGUAAAGGGUUUGAAGCUGAGAUGAGGAAGCUGGCGCUAUUGGAGGUUAUUGAGGUUUUUGAUCACUCACUUGCCAUCAAGAUUGGUGUUCACUUCUUUUUGUGGGGUGGUGCUGUCCAGUUUUUUGGUACGAAGAGGCAUCAUGAUAAAUGGCUGAGUGCAACAGAAAAUUACGAUAUCAAAGGCUGCUUUGCAAUGACGGAGUUGGGGCAUGGCAGCAAUGUUCGAGGCAUUGAAACAAUUACCACUUAUGAUUCAAAAUCAGGGGAGUUUGUUAUCAGCACACCAUGUGAAUCUGCUCAAAAGUACUGGAUUGGAGGUGCAGCUAAUCAUGCAACACACACGGUAGUCUUUUCACAGCUCGAAAUUGAUGGAAAGAAUGAAGGUGUCCAUGCUUUUAUAACCCAAAUUAGAUAUGCAGAUGGAACAAUAUGUCCUAAUAUCCGGAUCGCUGAUUGCGGUCAUAAGAUUGGUUUGAAUGGUGUUGACAAUGGUCGAAUAUGGUUUGACAAUGUUCGCAUCCCUCGCGAAAAUUUAUUGAAUUCAGUUGCUGAUGUUUCUCCAGAUGGGAAAUAUCUGAGUGCGAUAAAGGACCCUGACCAGAGAUUUGGAGCAUUCAUGGCCCCAUUGACAUCUGGACGUGUCACCAUUGCAACCAGUGCAAUUUACUCUGCAAAGAUUAGCUUAGCCAUUGCCAUAAGAUACUCUUUGACAAGGAGAGCAUUUUCAGUUGCACCAAAUACUCCUGAAGUUCUUUUGCUUGAUUACCCAAGCCAUCAACGACGCCUUCUACCUCUUCUUGCAAAGACUUAUGCUAUGAGCUUCGCUGCCAACUAUCUAAAACUACUAUAUGUUAAGAGAACUCCUCAAUCAAUCAAAUCAGUCCAUGUUGUUUCUAGUGCAUUCAAGGCUAUUUUAACAUGGCAUAACAUGCGAACUCUUCAGGAAUGUCGCGAGGCUUGCGGAGGACAAGGCUUGAAGACAGAAAACCGUAUUGGUCAGUUGAAAGGUGAAUUUGAUGUGCAAUCUACUUUUGAGGGCGACAACAAUGUUCUCAUGCAGCAGGUCAGUAAGGCACUGUUAGCAGAGUAUGCAAGUGUCAAAAAGAGAGACAAGCCUUUCAAAGAAUUGGGACUUGAACACAUGAAUAAACCUCAACCUAAUAUUCCUUCACAGCUUACUGUUGACACGGUCCGGAGUACUGAAUUUCAGAAUGAUAUAUUCUGCUUGAGAGAAAGAGAUCUAUUAAACCGCUUCGCCGGUGAAGUAUUGAAGUAUCAAAUUCAGGGAGUAAGCAAAGAAUCUGCUUUUAUUGCGAGUUACCAGCUGGCUGAAGAUCUAGGCAGAGCCUUUUCUGACCGUACAAUUUUGCAGACUUUUAUAGACGCUGAGAAUAAUGUAACAGAUGCCCGCUUGAAGCAUGUUUUGGGUCUUUUGAGGUCGAUGUACGUUCUGGUUACGUUGGACGAAGAAACUGCUUUCCUCCGAUAUGGUUAUUUAUCUGUUGAGAAUGUUGCGGUAGUGAGGAAUGAAGUUGCACAGCUUUGCCGUGAAACAAGGCCUCACGCGCUUGCAUUGGUCUCUUCUUUUGGUAUUCCUGAUGCUUUCUUGAGCCCUAUUGCAUUUGAUUGGGUUGCAGCAAAUUCUUGGCACGAGGCUCGAUACUAGCUUCAUCUUUUGUUCUUCCUUGUUUUUCGGUGUUAAAUGAAUAAAAUGUGUUGUUUCUUUGUUUGUUUGUUUUUUUCUCCGGAUAUUGUUGUUGUACUUUGUUAUUAUGACGUCAUUUGUGCUCUAUAUGAAAUGGACCUUUUGCUAUCAGUGAAAAUGGUUAAUAUGAUGACAGUUAAACAAUAUUAACAGGUGCUGAAAUUCGGAGUUUUCCUUUUAACAUCGCCUCAUUCAUGUAUCACUUCGUUUAAUGGUUGUUUCGACAUUGGUUCAUGCUAGUUUCCAAUCUAUUUUUUCUUACAUUUUAGCUUAAAAUGAUUUUAUGUCAUUUUU